AUGCACAACGAUGCGCGUCGGUAUGCUCUAGGCGUACAACGGCCUCCCUUGAUCUGGGACACCAAACUAGAAGCAGCAGCCGAGCGUCAUGCCAAUAUUCUAGCAGGAAGAGGGGGCACCUUACAGCACGAUUCUCAUGACGCUAGAAAUUGCAACCAAGGAGAGAACAUUUACUGGGAAGCCAGAAAUGUCAGUGAAGCUGAAAUGUAUCACAGUGCAAUAUCCUACUGGACUAGCGAAAAUAGUCUGUAUCAGGGCCAGCCUAUAAGCCGAGAAGACUUGAGAAGAUGGGGACAUUAUACACAAAUUAUCUGGCCAAGCACAACGCGCGUUGGUAUGGCUUCAGCGAAGACGAAAAGUGGCGCCACCUAUAUUGUGGCUCGAUAUAUGGAGCGCGGAAAUAUUUUUGGCCAAUCGGCAUAUGAAAUGUCAUAUAAGACUGGGAGUUUCCCCGCUGCUAGUAGUAGUGGAGUCGCAAUUCAGUGGCCUGGAAUCUCCACACUGAGCCCAUCUAGGCCAUAUGAGAAGUGUCGAGAAGACCCUACUAUUGCUCAACAUUACCCUUCAUAUCAACCUACCAGGAAAUAUCCAGGGACUAGUAUACGACUUCGGAGUCAUGAGAAUGUUUCAGAUCUUCGUAGCUAUCAACCGACGACGGGGAUCGGGGAUGUAUUUGCAGAGGCAAGAACAGGGUUAAGUAGGGCUCGCACUUAUCAACCUGUGACGGGGAAUAAAAUCCAGGACCUACAAGCAACGCUUGGACAGUAUCAUGUUCCUCCCCCUGUCGAUCGGCCUGAGAUUACGAAUAGGGUCAGGGUCAGAGAUAUAAAGAAUUUCUUCAAGGAAAUUGAAGAACCAAUCAGUAGAUUGUCUCCUCGCAAGCUAUUUGGUAAAGAGAGAACUUCUUAG